AUGACUGGUUAUCAAAUUUAUCGUUACGAUAGCAUUACUCCCUAUGUAGACGCUUAUAAGAAGACACCCUCUGCCUCUCAAGGAAUGUGCCACUUACCAAUCAAGGUUUACAUUGCCAUUGCUAUCCUGGGUAUGAUUGCGGGGUACAGUGCGGCUCUAUGCUUUGGGAUACAAUAUCAUAAUUUUUCCGCCACCACGAUGGCAUUCAUUUCGGGUGUAGCUGCAACGGUGCUACUUUAUAUGCAUCUUGCAUUCAAAAAAGGAAAGAUGAUUGACUGGCCAAGGGCUCGCUUCACAUGUUAUCUUUGGGCAGGUUGGGUUACCUUCGUUAUAGCAGUAAUCGGAUUGACAGCAUCUCUCAUAUAUGCUGGUGUUAACCAUCAAACGCUUACAACAAAAGAUCAAAUCUUUGAAGGCCUACAAGGUGAGAACUUCUGGAUUACAUCUGUAUGGUUCUUCAUGUUGGCAAAAUGGACAUCUAUGAUAGGAAUAUUCGCAAAACGUUAUCUCAAUGCAACAUUAAUUCCUUUGUCAAAGACUCCUCCAUCUCCUCUUUCGGAAACAUCUGAGAUAGCGAAAGCUGACCCGACUUUCUAA